CCAGUCUAAAUGCAGUACAACCGAGCACUUCACUGUUGUUGGGAACGAACAGCGACAUCCUUACGCUUGGAUUUCAAGACAAACAACGCAGUCAUCAUGAUUCGCUCACGGUUGCGAAACAGGUUUAAAAGAAAAUUUCAAGAAGGAGAUAAUGUCAAGGCACUGUGGCCUACUGAUGGUUCAUGGCAUGGAGCAGUUGUUGUUGGUUACAGCCAAGGGAGAUAUAUUGUGAAGUACAAUGACGGUCUGAAGAAGACACUCCAUGAACACCAAUUACGUGUUUCAGAUGAGAGAGACUCCAGUAACCUAGAACAGCGCACUUCUCCGUCAGUUGAAGAAAGAGACUCCAGUAACCUAGAACAGCGCACUUCUCCGUCAGUUGAAGAAAGAGACUCCAGUAACCUAGAACAGCGCACUUCUCCGUCAGUUGAAGAAAGAGAUUCCAGUAACCUAGAACAGCGCACUUCUCCGUCAGUUGAAGAAAGAGACUCCAGUAACCCGGAACAGCGCACUUCUCCGUCAGUUGAAGAAAGAGACUCCAGCCACCUAGAACAGCGCACUUCUCCGUCAGUUGAAGAAAGAGACUCCAGUAACCUAGAACAGCGCACUUCUCCGUCAGUUGAAGAAAGAGACACCAGCCACCUGGAACAGCGCUCUUCUCCGUCAGUUGAAGAAAGAGACUCCAGCCACCUAGAACAGCGCACUUCUCCGUCAGUUGAAGAAAGAGACACCAGUAACCUAGAACAGCGCACUUCUCCGUCAGUUGAAGAAAGAGACACCAGCCACCUGGAACAGCGCACUUCUCCGUCAGUUGAAGAAAGAGACUCCAGCCACCUAGAACAGCGCACUUCUCCGUCAGUUGAAGAAAGAGACUCCAGUAACCUAGAACAGCGCACUUCUCCGUCAGUUGAAGAAAGAGACACCAGCCACCUGGAACAGCGCACUUCUCCGUCAGUUGAAGAAAGAGACUCCAGUAACCUAGAACAGCGCACUUCUCCAAAGAGACUCCAGCCACCUAGAACAGCAUGA